AUGCUGCGACGCCAUCCUCAGCUUAUGCUCAAACUUCACUAUCUGUUGGCAAUCUACGGCACAGCGUUGCUCGCAUACCAUCUGCGAAUUGCUGGAUCAGUCUACUUCUGGGUGUUGGUCAGCGCGGCGGGCCAGUGGGCCAUGUCAUGUGGGGCUUUGUGGGCACAAACAAUGAGCGCGCUUCGGUCCUGGAAAGACGUCCGGCUCCAAGCUGAGGCAAGAGUAUCCAAACAACUCCUCUGGCUCGAGAUCUCGGCACCCCGACAGUGGAAUAUCCAGGCCGGUCAGCAUGUACAACUGUGGAUGCCGCGAUCGGGGUAUCGCUCUUGGCUCCAUCUGCCGCUUUUCUAUGUGGCGUAUGUGGGAGAAGAAGAAGAGCAACAGCAAAAUAUUGGCUCUCACACUUCCAACCGCCGUCUACACUUUCUCGUGCACUACCGCCGAGGUCUCACCAAGAGACUCGCUUUACAGGCGGUGAAGGCCAAUUUUAGCUUCCCGGUCUUCAUGUUCGGACCCUUUAGACACCCGCCCUGCUUUGGAAACUACGGCACGGUCUUGUUUGUGGUUGAAGAUAUCGGCCUGUUUCGAAUUCUGCCCUUCAUUCAACAGCUGGUUCAUAGCAGUCGCAGGAGAGAGACAGUAGUGCGGAAGCUGGAGAUUCUGUGGGCGGUGGAUUGGAGCAGUAUCGUUGAACUGGAGCUUCUUGUCGAGCCCAGAAUAGUUAAAGCAUCUGUUUCGGCUAAUCAUGUCCCAGGGAUCUUUGAGCGGUCCAGAUAUAAGUCGUGGGUCUGGGACAGCAUCCAGCAUCUUUUUGAACUCGACCGACAGCGCAAUCCUGCCCUGAACUCUGGGGAUACGCAAGCCUCGGUUAGUUCAGCGAGCAUAGGUCAGCAGCAAACGGGGCUUGAUGGGACCGGAGGGUUUAACAUUUUACAAAUACGGAUCUACUGUCCAGAUGCUCCUCAGGAGUCCCACGGGCGAUUUCCGCAAUCAAGGCGUAUUCAGUCUCUAUUCGAAGACCUCAUCGCAGCGAGGGAGGUCGAGGGGUACAUUGAUAGCCAAUGUGGGAAGAUGAUAAUCGCUGUAUGUGCGGGCGAAUUCAUCCAAAUGGAAGUGGACCACGUGACGCGACCAAACAUCAGCGAAGAUCUGCGCUUAGUCAACCUGAGCCUGGAGCAAGCCUCUGGUUGGACAGGCGAUGAGAUCCCAAGCGGGCCACACGAAAGAACCGACGAUCACCGCAACAUACCUUCUGCUUCGCGGCCACCAGGUAGUACUUUCGGCUGUAUCAUUUCCCUUUCUCGCAGUCCACAGCUAAUAUCUACCUACCCGUGGUUAGAGGAGUUAUCGGACAUGAGCAGAGGCCCUCCUCUAGUGGCGAAAAAUGGCACCUCUGAUCACGAUAAUUUUGUCAGGCAGAGAAUAGCCGAGGGGAGGAAAGUCUACCAGAGCUCGUGCGUGUUUACAUGA